CAACGACCUAUAAAAAAAAUGCAACAAACAAUUGUACUCCUUCAUCAGAUUAUUACUUUAAUAAUUUUCAACAGCUAGCAACUUAAACAUAACUAAAACCCCACUUUUGCUCUUGAUUCUUAUUUCACUAGCUAUGCUAUUACUUAACUCUUCUUUCUAUUUCUCCCUUCAACAAGUUAAUUUUCAUAUAUACACCCUUAAUUAGCUUAUAAUUACUUACUACAUUGAUCAUCACAAUGAUGAAAGUUUAUAGAUCAGGGAAACUACCUCUUCCAGUGCUUGCAGGAGUGGUAUGUGCUCUUGCAUUUUGUGUUCUCUUGUACAAUGAAAGAAUCAGCUUCAUUUCUUCUACUUCCAUCAUAAAGUUUAGCACUUGCGCUAGAAGAGGCCCUUUAACAGAUGGCGGUAAAAGAACAGAAAUAGAUGAGAUGAAAGAGGAAGAUAAACUGGAGUAUGAUGCAGACAUUUGUGACAUAACUGAAGGCAAAUGGGUGUUUAAUCGUUCAAUCAAACCUCUAUAUUCAGAUCGAAUAUGCCCAUAUUUAGACAGACAAGUUUCUUGUGUGAAGAAUGGACGCCCUGAUUCUGAUUAUCGCUACUGGCAAUGGCAACCUGAUGAAUGUUUAUUGCCUAGAUUUGAUCCAAAGAGAGCACUGACAAAGCUCAAAGGGAAGAGACUAUUGUUUGUUGGGGAUUCAUUACAAAGAGGACAAUGGCAAUCUUUUGUUUGCCUAGUGGAAUCAAUAAUACCCGAUGGCCAAAAGUCCAUGAAACGUGGUCGUGCUCAUUCUGUCUUUAGAGCCAAGGAGUAUAAUGCUACAAUAGAAUUCUAUUGGGCCCCAUUUCUUGUAGAGUCAAAUUCUGAUGUCCACAUAAUUGGAGAUCCAAGAAAGAGAAUAUUGAAGGUGGAUGCAGUUGCCAAGCAUGCCAAAAAUUGGUUAAAUGUUGAUAUCCUUGUCUUCAACACUUAUGUUUGGUGGAUGAGUGGCUUGAAGAUUAAUUCAUUAUGGGGCUCAUUUGCAAACGGAGAAGAAGGAUUUGAAGAAUUGGAUGCCUCAAUUGCUUACAGAAUUGGUUUAAAAACAUGGGCAAAUUGGGUCGAUUCGACUAUCGAUCCCAAUAAAACAAGGGUGUUUUUCACAACAAUGUCUCCGACUCACAUGAGGCCUGUAGAGUGGAAUAAUAAGGAUGGUAUCAAGUGCUUCAAUGAAACAAAACCAGUGAAGAAACGAGGGCAUUGGGGAUCCGGGUCCGACAAGAGGAUAAUGAAAGUGGUGGUAGAUGUGGUGGGGAAAAUGAAAGUCCCUGUAACAAUUCUUAAUGUUACACAACUUUCAGAAUAUAGAGUUGAUGCACACACCAAAAUUUACACAGAGUCAGGGGGUAAAUUGCUCACUGAUGAACAAAAGGCUGACCCUUUACAUCAUGCCGAUUGUAUACAUUGGUGUUUGCCUGGUGUUCCUGAUACUUACAAUCAAAUUUUCCUUUCCCACUUGUAAAAAAUGUUGUAACCUCAAAAAACAUGAGAAAGUGGUUACAAUGUAAUUCACCCCAAUUAUAAAUAUUGCAUUUUUAUUCCCUCUUAAUUAGUUUUUUUUGUACCAAAUCUUUUUCCAAAGAAAUCAAAAGGCAUCUUCUUAAGUAAAUGUUUUGUUUGUUUGGGUUCAGAAAAUGGAUGGUUUCACAAGA